UCAUUUACCUUCGUCCUCACCGCCAUGGCUUCUCCGAGUCCCCCUGCUGAAGCUGUUCCGAAACAAGACAGCGCUGAACAAGAAGAGACUGCUGAGGGAAGCUCUGGCAAUGAAAGUGGUCAAGCUGGCGACAAGGACUCCCGCGCUUCCCUUCAGGCUCGCUUCGCCGCUUUACAGAAGCGACGCACGCAAUCCCAGCGCGCCAACCUGAAGUCGCUUCAGGAGAGCACCCAACAAACGAGGCAGACUGCGCGCGACGAACAGCGACUUGCGCGGCAACGGAAACUCGUGGAGGAGUUGCGCUUGAAGGCAGAGGCGUCGGAUCCGGAGGAUGUGGAACGCGCGAAGAACUGGUCGUACUCAAUUGAAGAGAACGAUGAGUGGGAGAAGAAGUUGCGGAGGAAAAGGCGAAGGGCGGAGUACGAGUUCAAUGACGACGCAGAUGCUUCACGGCGCAAAUACAAGAAGGACCUUGACUUGAUCAAGCCAGACUUGACUGCCUAUGAAGAGCAGAAGGCCCAGGCGCUCGCUAGCGGAAGCAGUAGCAGCGCCCUCGUGCGCAGGGACGACGGUGGCGAGGUCGUCCCCGCGGCCAAUGAAGCUCACGAUGCACUCUACCGCACAGCAAACACGCUGCUAUAUGGUGACCACAAGCCAAGUGAGGAAGCGAUCGACCGCGUCGUUGGCAAAGUCAACAGAGACAUCGAGAAGAAGCAGAAGUUCCAUCGCAAGCGCAUCAACGAAGACGAGGGCGACAUCACAUAUAUCAACGAGCAGAACAGGGUCUUCAACAAGAAGAUUGGUCGCUUCUACGACAAGUAUACGGCUGAGAUCCGGGCAAGCUUCGAGCGUGGAACGGCGCUUUAGGCGUGUUCAUUGGCUUCUGCGUCCCUCCUCCACCGCCAUAUUUCUGUCGACUGCGUCGUUACCUCAGCCGACACCAUACUCGCUAUCGUCAUCUAUACUCUCACUCAGGAUCCUCUUUGCUUGUAUCUCUCAAUAUCAUAUGGCGCAUGUACCACAUCCAAGCAGCUCUCACCUGUUAGUGAUCGUACAUUUGGGGUGAGUCCCGGGUUUGCGUCAAUGGUGAUCUCUUCGCUCUUCCGUCUUACCCUUCAGCACACAUGACCAGGUGUGGGCGCCUUGUCUCUCGACAGUCGCGUGAAAAUCGACGGAUUUGCCGCACGAUACUCAGAUUAGUGAAUUAAUCGAGCUUCGACGCCACCGUCUCGCUGUCUGGCCCGCACCCUCCCCGUUUGCUGGUCCGCAGCCCUUCUCAUGAAUCCAGCUCGGG